UAAGCUUCCCUUUCAGUAAUUUAACAGAACUGAAGCUAAUAGCUCCAAAACGAAACGUCUAGUUAUCCAUAAAUGGGUAACGCACAUGGACGUGGCCAUCGCAAACACCGUAAUCCCGUUUCUCACAACACCGUUCCUCCGCCCUAUAAAUACGGUGUUCAGCCACAGCCACAGCCACAGCCACCACCAUUACCAAUCCCAACCCAAAACGAGGCUACCUCCAAUUCCAACAUGAUCUCUCUUCCUUACGCGCGCGUCGACACCACUCUCCGUUCACUCGCCGGCCAGGCCGAGGGCUUUGGUCGCUCCGCAAUCGGUGGCCUUCACGGUCCCCUUUACCAUGUCACAUCUCUCGAAGAUGAUGGACCAGGAUCACUGCGUGACGCGUGUCGCAGAAAAGAACCAUUAUGGAUUGUGUUUGAUGUUUCGGGAACUAUUCACCUCUCUUCAUACUUGAGUGUGUCAUCUCACAAGACCAUUGAUGGACGCGGCCAAAAGGUUAAACUCACCGGAAAAGGUUUGCGGCUUAAGGAAUGUGAACAUGUGAUAAUUUGCAAUUUAGUGUUAGAAGGAGGAAGAGGGUCUGAUGUGGAUGCUAUUCAGAUUAAACCUAAUUCGAAGCAUAUAUGGAUUGAUCGCUGUAACCUAAGUGAUUUUGAUGAUGGCCUCAUUGAUAUCACACGAGAAAGCACUGACAUUACUGUUUCUAGGUGUCAGUUUUCUCAGCAUGACAAAACAAUGCUUAUUGGUGCUGAUCCCUCUCAUGUUGGUGAUAGAUGCAUGAGGGUUACUAUACACCAUUGUUUUUUUAAUGGGACUCGACAGAGGCAUCCUCGUGUUAGAUUUGCGAAAGUGCAUCUCUACAAUAAUUACAUCAGAGACUGGGGCAUAUAUGCUGUUUGUGCUAGUGUGGAAUCCCAGAUAUUCUCGCAACAUAAUAUUUAUGAAGCGGGUCAGAAGAAGGUGGCAUUUAAGUAUCUUAAUGAGAAGGCAGCAGACAAAGAAGCAGAAGCAACUGGUUACAUAAGGUCUGAAGGAGACUUAUUUUUAAAUGGUGCUCAACCAGGGUUAAUGACUGAGAACAUUGGGUGUAAUAUGUUUCACCCCAGUGAAUACUAUCAUACAUGGACAGUGGAACCUCCAACGGAUGAUCUAAACCAGGUUCUUCAUCACUGCACUGGAUGGCAAUCUGUUGCAAGGCCGGCAGAUCAAACACUUUGCGCUGAAUAGAAGAGAAGCUGUUGUAUACCUCCAGCGUUAAGUGAACUGAUAGAUUACAUCCCCUCGAUCUACUUCCAUGUGUAUAUAUAUAAUUGUGUGAACUGUUGAUGCUCAUCUUGUUACCAGUUUCGUAAGUUAAUUUCAUAGUUUCAUUUGCAUACAUGUAACAGGGUGUGACAAUAAUAAUAUAUAAUACUAUUAAUGUAUUUUUUA